AUGGCUGACGCCUACUCUUCAAUUAUCUCUCAUGUUGGUGAGGACGUAAAUAGGCAAGGACUCCUGAAAACCCCUGAAAGGGCUGCGAAAGCGAUGUUGUAUUUUACGAAAGGAUACGAGCAACAAUUAGAUGAUAUUUUGAAUGAAGCGGUCUUCGAUGAGGACCACGAUGAAAUGGUCAUUGUGAAGGACAUAGAAAUGUUUUCGCUAUGCGAACAUCACCUUGUGCCGUUUAAUGGAAGGGUGCACAUCGGGUAUCUACCCAACAAAAAAGUUCUGGGUCUCUCAAAAUUGGCUCGAAUUGUCGAGAUGUUUAGUCGACGACUUCAAGUACAAGAACGGUUAACCAAGCAGAUAGCGACAGCAAUGGUUCAGGCAGUUCAACCUGCUGGUGUUGCAGUAGUUAUUGAAGCAAGCCACAUGUGCAUGGUUAUGCGUGGAGUUCAAAAAAUAAAUGCGACGACGUCCACCUCCUGUAUGCUCGGAGUGUUUAGGGAUGAUCCAAAGACGAGAGAAGAAUUUUUGAAUCUCAUCAACAAGAAGUGA